GUGGAGCCGCAGCCAGUCAUUUGACCGCUUGUUUACAGCACUGCUGUCUGUCCAGGAAGUAGAGAACUGUUCACAUCCACCCGCAGACUGUUCAUCUCUUCAUCUCCACAGCAGAGACCCGUAUACUGUCCGUCUCUUCAUCUGCACAGCAGAGACCCGCAGACUGUCCGUCUCGUCGACCGAGGAGUCACCAUGUUACCUAGACGUGUCCUGGUGUUGCUGUGGUUCUGCGGUGUCUGCGCCCUGGCGCAGAACCCGCAAGAUGAAGUCAAAACUCUACCCGGCAUGGCGUUCAAACCGAACUACAGGCAGUGGUCGGGUUAUCUGAUGGCCAGCCCAGGAACCUUCCUUCAUUACUGGUUCGUGACCUCCCAGAGGGACCCCGUCAAUGACCCCCUGGUCCUCUGGCUGAACGGGGGUCCGGGCUGUAGCUCACUGGACGGGUUCCUGUCUGAGAACGGCCCCUUCCAUGUACAAGACAAUGGAAACAAUCUUUAUGUGAACGAGUUCAGCUGGAACAAGAUUGCAAACCUUCUGUAUCUGGAGUCCCCUGCAGGAGUGGGCUUCUCUUACUCUGAUACCAAGAACUACAACACCAGUGACGACGAGGUUGCAGAUAAUAAUUACCUAGCACUGCAGAGUUUCUUUGGGAAGUUUCCGAACUUCUCAAAGAACGACUUCUUCAUCUUUGGGGAGAGCUACGGUGGUAUCUACGCCCCCACUCUCAGCCAGCGAGUGGCAGGCGGCGCAGCGAAGAUCAACUUCAAGGGCUUUGCUGUUGGAAACGGACUCAGCAGCUAUGCCCUUAAUGACCGGUCCCUCGUCUAUUUUGGUUACUACCAUGGCCUCUUUGGAGAAGAUUUGUGGCGUGACCUCACCUCAAACUGCUGUGACGAUACGGGCUGUCACUUCGACACCGCGGAGGCCGGGCCCUGCAACACCAUGGUGAACCUGGCCUUCCGGAUCGUGUACGAUGGCGGGCUCAACGAGUACGCCCUGUACCUGGACUGUGCGGGCGGAGUCAAAUCCCACCAGGGCUACGAGAGGAGCAUGCGCAACCUCCUGAGGAACAGCAGGGAGGCCUGGCGGCACCUCAGGGUAGCGCCGGCGCAGCGCGUGAGCCUGAACGUCGGCGGCGUGCCGCCCUGCCUCAACAGCACGGCUCAGAAGAGCUGGCUGAACCGCCGCGAUGUCAGGAAGGCCCUGCACAUCCCUGACGUCCGGCCCCCCUGGGACCUCUGCAGCGACGUGGUUGGAGAUGGGUACAACAGGACCUACCCAACGAUGAAGGACUUCUACCUGAAGCUGCUGUCCCUGGGCAUCCGGGCUCUGGUCUACAACGGGGACACAGACAUGGCCUGCAACUUUCUGGGGGACCAGUGGUUUGUGGAGGACCUCGGCAUUCAGGAAACCACAAAGUACCAAAGUUGGAAAUACGAUAACCAGAUAGCUGGCUUCUAUCAGCAGUAUGGUAACCUCACCUUUCUUACGGUCAAGGGCGCUGGUCACAUGGUUCCUCAGUGGGCCCCAGGUCCAGCCCUCCACAUGUUUGAGUCCUUCAUAACAUCUGGCUCCUUCUAGACGAGGUCGGGCUCAGAAGUUCUUCUCAGGGAAGGUCCAUCGUGGUCUGAGCUCUAGACGGCAGCCUCUUCGUUAGAGGACCUUAUGGAACGGGGUUUGGAGGCUUCUCCUUCUCCCCUUGUUUUCUUCAAAUGUCAUAUACUGCACUUUUUUUUGGGGGGGGGGGUUGAUAUUGUACAUGAUUGAUAUUUCUUUUUUGAAUAAACCACAACUUCAAUUUCA